GACACUCCGUUUUCUCUCUCCUCCGCUGCCAAGUCUCACCGGAAAACUCCUCCUCGUCCCGCCGCGCUGCUUAUUCCAUUUAGCCAUGCCCUCCAUUCUCCUCCCCUUUCCCUUCUUCUUCUUCUUCUUCUUCUUCUUCUUCUCCGUGUCUCACUCCUACCCCAACUACCGCCAUCCUCUCGCCGCCGGCAACUCUCCGGCGUCUCCUCCCAUUUCCCAGAUCCGACUCGCCUGCAACGCGACCCGGUUUCCGGACGAAUGUGUCUCUUCGCUGUCCGAACCGGGUCGGGUCCCUCCGGAUCCGAAACCGGUUCAAAUCAUCCGUUCCGCGAUCUCCGUCUCCUACGACAAUCUCAAAACCGCCCAAUCCAAGGUAAAGUUCAUCCUGGACUCGUCCGCAGGGAAUCUCAACCGCACAAACGCCGCCAGCACGUGCCUCCAGAAUCUCGUCUACUCCGAUCACAGAACCGUAUCGACGGACGAGGCAUUGACACGUGGCAAGAUCAAGGACGCUCGAGCGUGGAUGAGCGCGGCUCUCGCGCACGAGUACGGUUGCUCGUCGGGGUUCAAGUACGUAAACGACACGAAGCAAGUCGCGGAAACGAUAACGUUUCUCGACAGCCUCGCUAGACUCAGCAGUAACGCGUUGAGCAUGAUGGUCUCUUACGAUAAUUUCGGAGACGACGUCCUUUCGUGGAUCCCUCCUUCGACGGAGCGGGACGGAUUCUGGGAGAAGGUUGGGCCGAUCUUGGGCCUAGGUUCGGUUAAUGGGUCGAAACUGGGCUUUCCAUCGGGCUUAACGGAAAACGUGACGGUGUGCAAGGACGCAGGGGACGGGUGUUACAAGACGGUGCAAGAAGCCGUUAACGCGGCACCGGAGAAUAACGGAGGGCGUAAGUUCGUGAUAAGGAUCAAGGAAGGGGUGUACGAGGAAACCGUUAGGGUUCCGUUUGAGAAGAAGAACGUGGUGUUCAUCGGUGACGGGAUGGGCAAAACGGUCAUUACGGGGUCUUUGAACGCUGGUCAACCCGGCAUGACCACUUAUAACUCCGCAACUGUUGGAGUGCUGGGCGAUGGAUUCAUGGCUCGUGACGUGACGUUCCAGAACGCGGCCGGACCGCCCACUCACCAGGCCGUGGCGUUCAGGUCGGACAGCGACUUCUCGAUCCUCGAGAACUGCGAGUUUCUUGGGAACCAAGACACUCUCUACGCUAACUCCCUCCGACAAUUUUACAAGAACUGUCGCAUCCAAGGCAACGUCGACUUCAUCUUCGGCAACGCUGCCUCUGUCUUCCAAGACUGUCAGAUCCUCGUCGCCCCGAGACAGGCCCAACCCGAACACGGGGAGAACAACGCAGUUACGGCCCACGGGAGGACCGACCCGUCUCAGUCCACGGGGUUCGUGUUCGUGAACUGCUCAAUAAACGGGACGCAGGAGUAUAUGAAGCUGUUCAAAGCCAAACCAAAAGUUCACAAGAGCUUUCUGGGCAGGCCAUGGAAGGAGUUCUCUAGGACGGUUUUCAUCGGAUGUAACCUCGAGGAACUGAUAAGUCCGGACGGGUGGAAGCCUUGGAGUGGCGAUUUCGCGCUGAAAACGCUGUUCUACGGGGAAUAUAAGAACACGGGUCCGGGGUCGGAUACGAGGAACAGGGUCAAGUGGAGUAGUCAGAUACCAGAAGAGCAUGUUAGUGCGUACUCGGUGGCUAAUUUUAUUCAGGCAGACGAGUGGGCAACAAUUACCGCUUGAUUGUUUUUAUUUCAACCCAUUAAAAUCAGUGUAGUGGAUGAAUGGUUGAUUAUAGAGUUUAAGUGAUUAAGGGACUGUACCAAGAAAGAAACCCUCAUUUUAAACAUCAUCAUCAUACAUU